AUGGCCAUCAGACCUCUCCAUUACCACCUUCCAUUGUUCCCAGGGUUCCAACUGCUGGAUGUUGCGGCCCCACUGGACAUUCUCAACAUCCGUACGCAGUACCCUGACACAUCAGCCAUCACCCUGACUGUAUCAGCCGCGACUCUCGACCCAGUCUCAGUAAAACCAAUCCCACCUACCAAGGCAAAAUGGCGAUUUGACUUACCCGCUUCAAAUAUCAAUACGGCUUUCAACCAGCAAAUGUUGCCACAAUGUACAUUUGCUGACGUGAUCUCUUCCCUGAAAGCGGGGAAAGUUGCCGACGAUGGCAGUGGUGAAUUCAAACCCAUCGAUGUGUUGAUCAUUCCAGGUGGCCCUGGGACACGUCUAAACCGUAUUUACAACACUGCUGCUACAUCUAAUGACGUCAAAGUCUCCAACACGCAGGAAAUUCAGGACUUUCUGACAGCUGUUGCGCCUUAUGUCCGCCACAGCAUCAUUACCAUUUGCACGGGUAGCCAUGUUCUCUCGCAGACUGGGCUUCUAGAUGGACGCCAGGCAACAACCAAUUCAGCUCGCUACGAUGAUGUCACUAAACAAACGGGCGACGUGAAUUGGCAGCGGAACAAACGGUGGCUGCGUGAUGUUGUUCCCGAGAAUAAGGUGCCUGAUGGCCUGUCGUUGCUUCCCAGGAUUGAGAUAUGGUCAUCUGCUGGAAUUACUGCAGGGAUUGAUGUAAUGUUGGAGUUUAUUUCGGCGCAUUACGGUGGUAUCGAAGUCGGGAUGGAGACCGCGAAGCGGAUGGAGUAUCGCUGGGAGCGAGAAAAGGAGGCUUCAUACUUCUUGUGA